GAUCAUUUACCUUGCAUUGGUCAUUAAGUAUGGACGUUUCAAGCGCCUAGAUAAAACAUGUUUGUUUUGAUCAAAGUGAGUUUACUUUCGAUAAUACUGUCUCAAGUGCAAUGUGCUCCUAAGAAGAAAUCUUAUUCGGAAAUUAAACAAUGCGAUAUCGGUCCAUUGGCUGAUGAAAUAGCAUCCUACGAUACAGUGGUCAAGGAUAUAAUAGACUACGCGGUUAGUGGCCCGUUCAAAAGGAAGACUUAUAAUGAAUUAGCAAAAUUUGUUGACACCUUCGGUGCGCGGCCCUCUGGAUCACAAGUUCUCGAAGAUUCUAUCGAUCACAUGAUUCAGCUAACUCGAGAGGAGCAAUUAAAAGACAUCGUUACGGAAGAACUAGAGGUACCCCAUUGGAUAAGAGGAACAGAAAAAGUAACUAUGUUAGAGCCAAGAAUUAAAGAGAUCGAUGUACUAGGUCUUGGACGCAGUGUUACUACACCACCAGAAGGUAUUACAGCUGAGGUAGUGGUUGUGAAAAAUUUUGAGGAACUAUCUAAUUUACCAAAUAAGGAUGUCGAUGGUAAGAUCGUUGUAUAUGAUCCAAUAUUUACAACAUAUGGUGAAACUGUAGUUUAUAGAAGUCAAGGAGCAUCAAAAGCAGCUGCAAAAGGUGCUGUUGCUUCGCUAGUAAGAUCCAUUACUCCAUUUUCUAUCAACACGCCUCACACCGGUUCUCAAAGUUAUGACGACAAUAUUAAAAAAAUACCUGCCGGUGCAAUAUCACUCGAAGAUGCGGAUUUGUUGAGGAGAUUUUAUGACCGUGGAGAAAAAAUUGUACUAAAUAUUACAAUGUCAUCGACAUACGAAACGAAGACUUCAAGAAAUACUAUUAUAGACCUAAAAGGUACUGAUCAUCCAGAAAAAUUGGUAAUAGUGUCCGGACAUAUAGAUAGCUGGGAUGUUGGUCAAGGUGCGAUGGAUGAUGGUGGUGGUUUAUUUGUAAGUUGGGCAGCACCAGUUAUUCUAAAACGUUUGAAUUUAAGACCUAAACGAACAAUUCGAUCAAUUUUCUGGACCGCUGAAGAAUUAGGUUUGAUUGGUGCAUAUGCUUACGAAGAGAAACAUAGAAAUGAAAGUCAUAAUAUCAAUUUCAUAAUGGAGUCCGAUGAAGGAACCUUUGCCCCGCUUGGUUUAGCAGUAGCUGGUACUCAAGAAGCUCGGUGUAUUAUAGCUGAAAUCUUAAAACUAUUCAAAUCAAUAAAUGCCUCUACAUUAGUUGAAGACGACAGUCCUGGUUCUGACAUAAAUGUAAUUAUCAAGAAUGGAAUUCCUGGCGCAAGUCUUCAUAAUGCAAAUGAACGUUAUUUUUGGUUUCAUCACACUGAAGGAGAUACGAUGAAUGUCGAAGAUCCCGAUGAACUAGAUUUAUGCGCUGCCUUUUGGACAGCUGUGGCUUACAUCAUAGCUGACAUUUCCAUUGAUAUUCCACGAUAAACUAUUAGAUACAUUCAAUUGUAAUACUGUUAAAUACAAACAAAAAUAAAUUAAUCACAUAUUCA